AUGGCGACUUCUGUAAGGGGUAGAAUCAAAUUAGUAGAGACAAUAGAUGCUGACUCCCAAAUUAAUACUAUAACUGUUGUAACAUCAGGUAGAGUUGGUCAGACUCAUGUUAUACAAUCAGUAAAACACACUUCCGUGAAGCAUACAUCUAUUAAUCCGAAACUGAAUAAUAAUAAACAACAUGCACAUGCUAAACUGUGUGGAACUAGUCCAGUUCAUGAUGAUAGAUCUAAUAAAUCAACGGAUGAUGAUGAACAUCACCUAGAUCAUAAAGAUAGGAAUUCUUCUACAGUUACUGUUGAUAAUGGUCAUUAUAUUGUUGCAGAAUCAGGUAUUAUAAGCCAACCAACAUGUCAUGCACAGAAUAAAGCUAAAGGAACAAAUAUAAUACAACAGAAUAUAGACAAUGAUCAUAAUAUUAUUGUCACCGCUCAAACAGACAGACUAAAAUCCGUUAUAUAUUCGGAUGUGUCAUAUCAUACAGUUAACGCCACUGAGUCUGGUAUAACAAACAUAAAUCAUCUGAAUAGUAUCGAGGAGUCAAAUAGAGGAAUGCAAAACUCCGGUCUUAUCCAACCAAAUAAAAUUUCUCCUGCAACUGUCGAAUGGCUGAUGGAUAAUUAUGAAAAGGCUGAAGGAGUGUCGUUACUUCGAUCAACAAUAUAUGAUAAUUAUUUAACACAUUGCUCGGAAACUAAAUUGGAUCCUUUAAAUGCCCCAUCAUUUGGUAAACUUAUCCGAUCUGUGUUUACAGGAUUGCAAACAAGACGUCUAGGAACUCGAGGAAAUUCCAAAUACCAUUAUUAUGGUAUUAGAAUUAAACCUAAUUCAUUAUUAAAUGACUUUAAAGAAGAAGAAAGCCUACCGGUCGAAACAACAAGUCAAAGUAGUACAAAAAAAAUUAAAAAAAUUAAAACUGAAAAGCAAAAUUGCAAUCAAUAUACCACCAACAGUUCAGAUUCUGGUAAUUAUUCUCAAAACAGUAUUCCAUCUUCUCCUCAAGCACAAGAUCAAGCAUAUUUAGGUGAUGGCGCUAAUGCUGUGCCACAAUUUCCUGAUAUUAUAUUGGAUGAAAUACAAUUGGAUGAUAAUUGUACUCUAGAAGAUGUAGAUACUUUCAAACAUUUGUACCGUGAACAUUAUAAAGCGUUUUUAAGUGCCGUAAUGAACUUAGAAUUUGGCUCUAUUGAGUCACUUUGGCGUCAAUUUUGGUGUAAUCAAGAUGAUAAAAAUGAUGAAUAUGAAGGAGAACAAUAUUUGUCUAAAGUAAAAUUAUAUUCAUUGUCAAAGUGCAAAACAUUACAACUGUUUGUGAAAACUGUUGAUUUUCUAUUUUAUCAAAACUUAGUUAAAGUUUUAAUUCCAGAUGUUCUUCGGCCUGUUCCUAGAACAUUAACUGAAGCAAUUAGAAAUUUGUCCAAAAGCCUAGAGUCAUGGCUUUUAUCUGCAAUGCAUGGGUUUCCAGAAGAAAUGAUCUCAAUAAAAGUGGCUGCUGUUAGAGCCUUUGCACAAACUUUACGCAGAUGCACUUCUGCAAGAGCUGUGCUUCAAAAUUAUACCAAAAUAAAUCAAAUACUUACUGAUUUGAAUUGUGUGGACUUCCAUUUUGAACAAGAACAAGUUCAACAAAUAAAUAAUUUGGGAAAUGAUAAUGAUGCGAUUCAUACUAAGAAGAGGGUUAAUAGUAAAAUAAAUGCGGGCUCUGAAAUGCUUUCGGAUUGUAACGAACCACCAAAAAGAACAAAAACUCACAAUUAUUCUGUCAGUACUUCCACAGAUCCAGAACGUUUUAAUGUUUUAUUAAAAAGUCCAUCAAAAGAAUCCAAGAAAAAGAAAUCUAAGAUGGCAAUAGAAGAAACUGAGUCGUCAAAAGAUGACAUGGAUGAGGAAACACAUAGCAAUGAUCAUGUUGGUGAUGACAAUGAAAAUAAUUUUGUUUUCACUACUCAGGACGAUUACAAUUCAGAAUAUCCUACUAUGACUGACACUGGACGGUUUUCUUGUCGAUUUUGUGAUAGAGAAUUUACCAACGCCAAUAGUUUAUCCAGACAUGAAAAUUUUCACACUGGAAGAGCUCCGCUCGAACAUCCUUUCUCCUCCAACUACGCAGCGACUCAGCGUUUCUGGGCGCCCAACAGCUGCCUAUUCGAGCUUACCUCGGCCGGCGAAGAUCGGUUCCUGAAAGCUUACGCCGCCGGUUACCGCGUUAACCGAUCUCCUGCGGACCAUUGCGUCGUCAAACGAGUUUCGGGACGGUUCGAGCAGCCGCGUCGGUUACGGGCCCGUUCUGCGUCUAUUCUGGUCCGGACGGCCCGAGUCAUUUCACCGCCGUCACCACCACUGUCCACUGUCACCCAAAAUCGGAUAUGA